AUGCAAGGACGUGGCGAGAUUGAAUCAAACUCAGAUACCAUAGUAGCAAAGGGUUUCAAGGAAAUUUUAAUGCAUGUAAUGUAUAUUUCAGGAAAUAGCAGAGCAGUGCUUUGCAAAGAGGAUAAGGAUGGUAAAAUAGUCAUCUCCCAAUUAAGUCCUGACCACACAUUCAAAAACGAAGAUGAAUUAUUGAGACUGUCACAUUUGGGACUAGACAUGCAAAAUAUGAGACGUGAACCCAAAACAGGACUACAAACAUGUACGCGCUGUAUUGGAAAUUAUACUGUGAAAGGUGGAUACAAGGAAUUCGACAAUUUAGCUGAAGCUAGAGAAGAACCAAUUAUUGCUGAACCCAAUAUUGUUGGUGGAAUAUCGAUAGACAGCACUUGCAAAUUUCUUAUUUUAAUGUCAGAUGGUUUGUAUAAAUCUGUAGAAGAAGCCACUAACACUGCAAAUGCAAACACCACUAUAGUGAAUAUGUUGUUAGACCAAUUCCAAGAACAAUCGACCUUAAAUGGUGUUGCCCAGGCAGUCGUUGAUAAAGUUGUUCGAAUGCAUCAUGAUGCUUUCAUGAGAGAUUGUGAAACUCCAAAAAGAUGUCAAAAACGUGAUGACAUCACAUUACUAGUAAGAAAAUUUAACUGCCUUCUCCCAAAUGCUCAUGAUAACCCUGGAUAUCAGUCAAGUCAUGCUUUUAUCACAGAUGAACUACAGAAAUUUGCUAAUGAAUCAGAAAGUAACACAUUAGCAGAAAUACAAUCAAUAGACAGUGCAUCAGCUAAGACUGAUUUUUAUAAUGAAGCAGGUUCAGCUUUUAUGAAUGAUGCCACAUCUUUGACAAGUAAUAGUUCGGAAUCGGCAGGACCCCAAAUUCUGUUUCAGUCUGCUAGUAAUGUUUCAUUAGAUGAAAAUGGUAGAAUCAAACCCUAUGUUGAUUUCUCAGACUUUUUUAUAGCAGCUAAAGAAGCCUGUAAGAGUGGACUAGUUCCUGAAGACUGGUGUAAUCCAGCAUAAUAAUUAUCAAAAA